AUGGCGGCGGCGACUCCCUCGUUGGGCUUUGCGGCUUCCGUGGCUCGGCUAGCCGAGCUGAAGAAGCUGUGGGGCAAACAGCCCUGGAUGAGGCCUUACCGGCCCCUGGUGCUGGCCAACCAGGUCUCCAACCGGCGCCUGGGCCUUGGAGAGGCAACAUGCAUCACAGAGAUGUCGUUAAUGAUGGCCUCUUGGAAGCAGAAUGAGUUCAGUGAUGGUUUGUCGAGCUUCCAGGCCCUCUUGACCUUUGAGGAGGUGACUGUGUUUUUCACGGAGGAGGAAUGGGCUCUCCUGGUUCCAGCCCAAAGAACUCUGCACAGGGAAGUCAUGGAGGAGAAUUAUGAGAUGGUGGCCUCUCUAGAAUUGGACCUCCGUUCCGGUUGGGAAAGAAGGAGAAGGGAAAAAAGAAGUUUCGUAACACAAAAGGAACACGAAACACAUGAAGGAAACAAGUCAAAGAAUGGGAGGAAGAAAUCUUUGAUUUUUCAGGGUAUCAACGUCCAAGAACUCCUGAUACUACAAGAAGAUCCAAAAGACAAAAACAAGAAAACAUGUCCAGACUGUGGGAAAACAUUUAGAUAUGAAUCGUAUUUGAAUAGGCAUCGCAGAAUUCAUACAGGAGAGAAACCAUUUAAAUGCACCGAGUGUGGGAAGACCUUUAUACGGCAUUCUCACCUUAUUCGUCAUCAGAGAACACAUACAGGUGAGAAGCCAUUUCCAUGCACAGAGUGCGGGAAGAGCUUCAGUUUCAGUAGUAGCCUUACUGAACAUCAAAGAACCCACACAGGGGAAACGCCAUUUAAAUGCAAGGAAUGUGGGAAGCGUUUCAGGCACAGCAGUAGUCUUACCAUACAUCGAAGAACCCAUACUGGUGAAAAGCCAUUUCAGUGCAUGGAAUGUGGAAAGAGCUUCACCGACAGAAGUAGCCUUACUUCACAUGAAAGAACCCACACAGGAGAGAAACCGUUCCAGUGCAGGGAGUGUGGAAAGAGCUUCAGACAGCACAACCACCUUAUUAAUCAUCAGAGAAUCCACACCGGGGAGAAACCGUUUAAAUGCAAGGAGUGUGGAAAGAGCUUCAUUCAGAAUAUUCACCUUACUUUGCACCAAAUAACUCACAGGGGAGAAACCUUUUAAUUGCAUGGAGCAGUGGUUUUCAACCAGUGUGGCGUGGCACCCUGGGGUGCCUUGAAUGAAGGUCAGGGGUGCUAUGGGCAACACCUGCCUCUGUCCCUCUUUCCUUCCCUCUGUCCUCUCAUGCCCUCUCACGUCUACCUCCCCAAGGCUCGCAUGGCUGUUCAUUACAGCAGCCAUGGGUACAAGCUCUGCAGGCGAAUGGUGCCUCUGGGGCUGCCUAGGGGGUGCUAGGUGCCAGGAGCUGAGGUGGCCUUGGGGUAAGUUAGCAAGCAGGAGACAGAGCCCAGUCCACCAGCCCUUGCUGUUGGGAAUGAACAGACAAGUCCAAGGCCCGUGUGGGGGCAGUGUGAUUUAUCUUAACAGCCAUGAUGAAACAGAAACAUUUCCCUCCAGCACCAUCUCACUCCAGAGCGGCCUGCUGAAAUGGGUUUAAUUCUGCCCAGUUUGUUGGGUAUGGUUCUGUUGGGAUACUGC